GAAAUUGAUGAGCUGGAUUUGAUAGAGCUCAGUGUGCUGAAGCUCUGAGGAGGAACUGCUGCAUCCUGAUCUUUAUACUGAUGAACUUCCUUUAAUCUAAAACAUGAUCUUCCUUCUGCUUCUGGGGAUCUUCAUCCCUCCAUCAGUGCAGGCAGAGCCAGCGAUCCUCAUCACUGCACCAAAUGUGGUUCAUCUGGGCGUGCAGGAGACGAUCAGUGUGCAGCUGCAUGGAGCCACUGAAGCUGUGGACGUCACCCUGUACUUCAGACAUCUGAAAAAACAGCCCUUAUCUACCAGAACCACCGUCAACCUAAACACCAAUAAUCAAUACCAAGCUGUGGUGACUCUCACACUCGAUCCAGAGAUUUACCAACAAGUUGACGCAGACGAUUACAACCGAAUCAAACAGAAGAAGGACACCGGAUCUAAUUUUGUCCAGCUUGCUGCUGAGAGCAAACUGUUUGAAGCCAAACCACAAUUAACCAACAUUUAUCUGUCGACUAGAAGAGGAUACAUAUUCAUCCAAACAGACAAACCAAUCUACAAUCCAGGAGAACUCGUAAACUUCAGAAUCUUCACUCUGGAUAACUACAUGAAGCCUAUUGAUGAUUUAAUUUAUGUUAAGAUCACUAAUUCCAGAGGCCUAAUUGUCUACAGUCAUCUCCUGAGAUCUGAACACAUCUUUCGGAGGAGCGUCCGUAUUCCUGAUGUGGAGCUGGCUGGUCACUGGAAAAUCACUGCUUCUUAUUAUAAUUAUGGGAUGUCUGAAACUUCAGUGGAGUUUGAGGUUCGGGAAUACGUUCUUCCCAUGUUUGAAGUGAAUAUUGAAGCAACGAAACCGUACCUCACUCUGAACAGUGAAUUCUUCCCAUUCAGCAUCACCGCCAGAUACACGUACGGGAAGGGAGCUGAUGGAAUUGCGUACGUGAGAUUUGGACUUGUUGAUGGUAAAGGAGAGAGAACGUACCUGCCGGGCAUCGAGAAACAGAUAAAGGUUGAAGAUGGACGUGCAGACUAUCUACUGUACACUCAGGAUUUAUUGAGUGCUGCAGCGAAUCAGAGUCUGCGGAAUAUAGAGGGGAUGUACCUUUACAUUGCAGCAACAGUUCUGGAGAAAGCAAGUGGAGAUCUGGAGGAAGCAGAGAGCUCCUCGGUGAAGAUCGUAAACUCGCCGUAUGUUGUUGAUUUAUCAAAGACGAAGAAACACUUCACUCCCGGUGGGAAGUUCUCCAUCCUGGGCACCACCACCUUCCCAGAUGGUUCCAAAGUCCCAACCUUAAAGAAAGCCACAGCUACAGUUACUGUGAAUCCAGGAGGACCAGCAGAGGACGUUCUGAUUGAGGAGAAUCUGGAGAAUAACAAGGGAGACAUAGAUUUCACCUUUUUAGUCCCAGAGAAAGCUAAAAGUAUGUUUAUCACGGUAUCUGUAGAGGGAGGUGAAGAGGAAGUCAUCAUUAGUGAUGCUAACAUCACCUCCACUGCAACCCAGCCUUCAAAAAAAUGUUACCUGAGUGUAGAGGUGCAGCAUCAGGUCCUGCAGCCGGGCCAGAACCUGCAGGUCACCUUCAGAGACAUCACACCACCGGGCACAACAAGACCUUCACACAUAUAUUACAUGGUUCUGAGUAAAGGAAGAGUGCUGAUGGUGGGCAAAGUUCAGAGAUCUGAUCUGACCUCCACAAGCCUGGAUUUCUCUGAGGAUAUGGUGCCCUCGUUCCGGCUGCUGGCCUACUACUACACGGAGGGGGGCAGUAUGGGAUUAGUGGCUGACUCAGUGUGGGUGGAUGUGAAAGACGUGUGCAAAGGAAAGGUAGAGAUUGAAAUAGUUCCUUUUAAAGAUCUGAAGCCGGCGGAGGAGUUUGAGGUGUUGGUCAGGACUGAUCCGGACAGCAGUGUGGCUUUAUCUGCGGUGGAUUCAGCUGUUUAUAUUCUCAAUAAGAGGAACAAACUGAGUCCUCAGAAGAUGUUUGACUACAUGAACUCGUAUGACCUGGCCUGCUCUGUCGGCGGAGGAGAAGACUCUAAGUCUGUUCUGCAGAGAGUUGGACUCACGUACAUCAGCAGCUUUCUCAACUCACCUAUACUAAACCAACAUAAAUGCAACAAAAAAGAAGAAAAGGGACAUCAUCAGACGAAGAGGGACGUGGACCUCAGCAAACUCUUUAACAGCUUUAAGCAUGCAGACAGGAAGUGCUGUGAUGACGGACGGAAGCUGGGUCUGACUCUGAAGUCGUGUGAUGAGAGGCUGAAAAAGACUAGGCACCAAUCAGAGAGCUGCAGGCAAGCGUUUAAAAAGUGCUGUGAAGCUGCUGCAGCUCGGAGGAAGAGGGAGAAAAUAAACAGCAUGAAGCUCAGCCUGGGACGAGUGCUCGGUGGUGAUGGGGAGGAGGAGGGUUUGAUCGAUGAGGCUGCGAUCCACCUCCGCAGUUACUUUCCUCAGUCGUGGAUGUGGGCGCUCUUAGACCCAGACGUCUCUGGGAACAUCAGAUAUAAAGACGUCACUCCUGACUCUAUAACUACAUGGGAGGUCCAGGCUGUGGCCAUGUCUCCUUCGAAAGGUUUUUGUGUAGCCGACCCAAAGCCACUGAGAGUCUUCCAAGAUUUUUUUGUAUCUGUUAAACUUCCGUAUUCAGUAAAGAGAAACGAGCAGCUGGAGGUGAAAGCUGUUGUUUACAACUACAAAAAAGAGGAUUUAAAGGUGAAGGUAAGGAUGAAGAAGGCUGAUGGUCUGUGCAGUGCGGGUGAAGGGGACGUGGUGCAGGACGUCUCGGUGUCGGGACAGUCAGCGGUGGCUGUAUAUUUCACCGUGGUGCCGCUGAUCAUCGGGAAGAUCCCCAUCAACGUUCUGGCCUACGCCUCCCCCAGCGCCCAGGACCGGAUCCAGAAAGAGCUCCGAGUCGUGGGGGAAGGUGAACUGGUCUCCAUAUAUAAGGAAUAUAACAUCGAUGCAAAGACCGACAAAAAAACAGAAUUCACUCUCCCAGCUCCUGAAGACGAGGUUCCAGAACAGGAUUCAGCCACAUUAAUGAGCUUUAAAGGUGGUGUGAUGGGAGAAUCAGUAGAUAACUGUCUGAAUCUGGACGGAGUGGACAACCUCAUCAAGCUCCCCACAGGCUGUGCAGAGCAGACCAUGGUGAAGAUGUCUCCUGCCCUCCACGCCAUGAAGUACCUGGAUGGAACCAAUCAGUGGGCUUUCCUGAAAGCUGAACGCAGGGACGAGGCUCAGUCCAUGAUACAAGCUGGUUACACCACAGUUCUGACCUUCAAGAAGUCUGAUGGAUCUUAUGGAGCCUUCCUGACCAGGCCCAGCAGCAACUGGUUAACCGCCUUCAUUGCUAAGGAGAUGACAAAUUCACGCAGCAUCAUCCAAGUGAGGGACUCCUACAUUCAGGAGUCCAUGAGUUAUUUAAUAUCCAAACAGAAAGCCGGUGGAUCAUGGGACGACCCCAACCCUCUCUACGACACAGGAAUGAAGGGUGGAGUCGGACAGACUAAAGAUGAGGCACCGUUAACUGCAUACAUCCUCAUAGCAAUGACUCACGCCAAGCAAGCGUAUGAGCAGGGAACAGACACCGAACUGAUUACGGCUAUGGAAAAAGCCAAGUCGUAUCUGGUGCAGAAUUUCGCCAGACUGCAGAACCCGUAUGCUGUGACCAUCACGGCGUACGCUCUGUCUCUGAUUGGCCAAACACCCCAAGAGGCUCAACAAGCUACGAGGAAGAUGAUGGAAAUGGCCACAUGUGAUACCAAGAGAUGUUUCUGGAACGUGAGGGAGGCGGUGUCCGGGCUGGACAGUAAAGCAGAUGCUAUCUCUAUAGAGGCCACAGCUUACGGGCUUCUUCAGGCCGUGAGCCUGAAGGAUAAGGAGAGAGCUUUACGAAUCGCUUCCUGGCUGACCCAACAGCGCAAGUAUGGAGGAGGAUUCCAGUCCACACAGGAUACAGUCGUAGCUCUUGAAGCUCUGUCUAAAUUCAGCAUACAGAACAAUGAUGUAGAAGACCUGGACCUGAGGGUGGAGCUGUGCAUAAAUGAUAAGGAAACGAAGAACCUGCACUUAAACAAGUAUAAUGCACUUACCCAGGCUGCAGUUCAGAUUAAAGAAGUCGGAGAAAUGUCUCUUAACAUAAACGGACGAGGGAGAGGAACGCUAUCUAUUUUGCAGACCUAUAGAUCUCUCAAGAAGGAAGAGUCUCACUGUGACCAGUUUCAUUUCAGUGUUCAGGUGGACGGAGAACUUGUGCUCAAAAGCUGUGAGGAGGAAGAGGAGCAGUUAGAUGAUUACUACAACUAUGAGUCUAAUGAUGAAGAGCUCGCGAAGGAUGAACCCAUGAGCCGGGAGGAAUGGUUCGAUCUCCGCACUCGCAGAAAGAGACAAGCUCCAGAGCAGCCCAAAAAAGAGAAUAUACUGGUUUAUACAGUGUGUGUGGGGAUUAAAGGCAGGAACUCCAGUGGAAUGGUGGUGGUGGAUAUCUCACUCCUGAGUGGACUCACUCCAAUAAUCCAGGAUCUGGAAGACAAUGUGAAGGGCACUGAGAAAUACAUCGAUCAUUAUGACUUCCACCACAAUAAAGUAUUUCUCUACUUCGACAAGCUCACUGAAGAGAAAGACUGUCUUCGGUUCAGAGUCGAGCAGAUUAUUCCCAUCGGACUGAUCCAGCCAGCAGCUGCAGUUAUCUACGACUACUACAACCCAGAUCGGAGGUGCAGCACCUUCUACACCGCCCCCAAGAGCAGCCCAAUGCUCUCCAAACUGUGUGAGGGGGAUGUGUGCAUGUGUGCAGAGGGUGCUUGUCCACGAAUGAAGGUCACUUUUAGCAAGAAUAUGAAUAAGCAGACGCGCAAAUCUUACGCAUGCUUCUCUCCUGUUGUGGAUUACAUUUACACCGUCAAGGUUCUCAACUCCAGCAACGACCUGGUUUUUACAACUUAUUCCACCAUAAUCACUAAGCUCCUUCAGCUAGGUAAAGACGAGGGGAUUCAGAGAGGGUCGUACAGGGAGAUGAUCCAGCGCUCGGCGUGUGAGGAGGUGGAGAUGAAGAGCGAUGCUGAGUAUCUCAUCAUGGGUUUGGAUAGCAGCAUCUCAGGACUGAGGGACAGAUUUAGGUACAUCUUGAACGACAAGAACUGGAUUGAGGAGAUUCCACCAGAAAACAAAUGCAAAGCCACCAGAAACAGACUGGCCUGCCAGCUUCUCCAAGACUUCCUGGAGCAGCACUUCACAAAGCAGUGCUUAGUUCAGUGAGACAGAGAGAGACAGAGAGCAGGACAAUAAAGGAGGACAUCAGGACAGCGGGACGAGUAAAUCAUGUGCUUUUAUUUUCAGUGCAUAUGACAGAAUAUCAAAUAAAGGUGAGGGUUGUGGAAGAGCACAGUUCAGAGUUCAGUAGAAGCAUGUCUUAAAGGAGAAAUUGACUUUUAUUGUAGUAAAACAUGAUUUAAAAGUACUUACUUUUGUUGAAUAGCUCACCUCUGCUCUCCCACAGCGUUCAGAGAUACAGAAAUUUUGUGCUUUUUGCUCAGAACUCUUUACAACAGUCGUUUCAGGGCAUAAUUUAUCCUGAUAAAUCACUUUUUACACUGUUAUCCAGCUCAAAGUAGCUCAACAACAUCCUUACUAGAAUCC